AAUUUAUAGAAAAUGCCUAGGGAUUUGUCGCGAUCGCGGUCACCCUCAUACAGGCGAAGGCAUUCACCAUCGCCAGUGGUGCAUAGGUAUAGCAGGAGGAACCGAAGGGAUAGGAGCCCAUCUCCAUAUUCAUCCUAUUCUUAUGGCAGGUGAUCCUGUUUAUGACUUUAUGUUCUCACUAUUUAAGUUGAUCUAAUUUAAUCUUCAAGGAAUUGUGAGAAAGAUUAACGGCUCAUGUAUUUGUGUUGCUGGUUGGAAAUACAAAUUGUUCAAGUAGCUAUGUACGCAUCUUAUCCUUCUCCAUUGGUCUUUUGGUGCUUGUCUGUCCUCUAUUUUCCUCUCUUAUGCAUGUUGUCUAUAUCAUUUUGCUUAAAGUUUUAUCUUGGAUAAAAUAUGGAAUCUGAUUUUAUUUUUUAAAAGAUUAAGUUGGAUAAACUGAAUGCCAACUUCAGGCAUUGGUAUGAUUAUAAAAUCCCAUAAUGUGAAACAUGGUCUUGGUAUCUUAAUAAAUGUAUUUUUUGUCCUUCAUUUGUGAUCCUAUUGUAUUUAAAAACGUUUGGCAAGUUUUCUUGACAUUCAAGAGCUUGUUGAGUUGAAAAUUUUUCAAAGGGACUGGAUAUGUGAUUCUAAGUUCCUGUGGUGUAACCCAUAUUUAAUAUGUCAAAGUUCACCACCUAGCAAUUCAGUGAGAGCAUUCCACACAACACUACUUUAAAUUGGAUUCUAUAUGGAAGCUUAUCAUUAUUUGGAAUUCUUUCUUUACUUCUUUUAGUGUAUGGGAAUUGGGAAAUGGAUGAUUUGAUUGUUUACUUUGGCAUGCUUAUUAAAUUUUGCUCUUAAAAAAGACCUCUCUCCAUGGAUUCCUCCUGUAUUUUCUUGAUGCAUAGGAGUUAAUGUUUGACAACCCCCAUACCAAUGGGUUAAACACUGUUGAUUUUGUCUAAAGUCUGUAAUGAUUAUGUUUCUCAACUAAUAAUUGCUAUUAAUUAUCAAUAUUUCAAUGGGCUUCUGCUUCUGGGGAACUUAACAUUUGCAUGGAAAGGUAGAGAGAUGCCAAAUAUAUUCUUUUGGAGAAAAAUACAAAGAGAGCUUUAAAAGUGCCAUAGGAUUCAUGCCCUUUGUCAGAAAAUUUAAAAAACUCAGUUUCUUCUCAUCAUAUGGGGUGGGAGGUGAGCAGGUGAUGGGUGCUGAUGGGUGUGCUUUUGUUGCUUGAUUGUGAUAUUAGCUUCUUCAUGUGAUAAAAGAUGGAGCACACAAUGGUUAUUCUUAACAAUGUAUGAGAAGGAGAAGUCGAUCUAUUUCUCCACGACGUCGCAAAAGUCGUUCUCCAAUUCCAAGACAUCGUAAAAGUCGUUCUCCAACUCCAAGGCGUCAUAAGUGGCAAAGAAGUAGGAGUUCCUCAUUGUCUCCUGCUCGUAAAUCUUCUAGUCCAAGUCUUGCGUCAUUGGAGCGCAAAAUUAUUGGUGAAAAUUUGAGAAAAGAAGAUGAAGAAGAGAAGAAGAGGCGUCAACAGGAAGCAGAACUAAAACUGAUUGAAGAGGAGACAGCAAAGCGGGUAGAAGAAGCUAUACAGAAGAAAGUUGAAGAGAGCUUAAAUUCUGAGGAGAUCAAGCUGGAGAUACAGAGGCGUUUGGAGGAGGGAAGGAAAAGACUUCAUGAAGAAGUUGCCAUUCAACUUGAGAGAGAAAAAGAAGCUGCUCUUAUUGAGGCUAGGAGAAAAGAGGAACAAGCUCGAAAAGAAGAAGAAGAGUUGGAAAAAAUGCUUGAUGAGAACCGGAGGAGGGUGGAAGAAGCUCAGAGAAGGGAAGCUUUGGAGCAACAGCAGAGAGAGGAGGAACGAUAUCGAGAAUUAGAAGAGCUUCAAAGACAGAAGGAAGAAGCAAUGAAAAGGAAGAAGCAGCAAGAGGAGGAAGAACGUUUAAACCAGAUAAAAUUGUUGGGCAAGAACAAGUCUCGGCCGAAGUUUUCAUUCGCAUUUGGCUCAAAAUAAUUACUUGGAGGACCAAAAUCUCCAAAGACAGAAGGAAGAAGCAACAAGAGGAGGAAGAACGUUUAAGCCAGAGCAAGAACAAGUCUCGGCCGAAGUUGUCAUUAGCAUUUGGCUCAAGAAAAUUACUUGGAGGACCAAAAUUCAUUUACAUUAAAUGUAUGUGUUGGACUUGAUUACUUGUUUUCAUUUGUACUUUGAGGAUUUUAAAAUGGUUAAUCCAGGUUUUGGUGUUCUGUUGUUCUGGAUUGUUCUGUUGUUCAACCCCAAGAAUGGUUUUGAUAUGACGAGUCUAUUAAUUAGCUAUGCUGCUUGAACUGUGAA